UUCUAUUUAUUUUUUUACAAUUUCGUCUACGUUGUUAGUGGCUAGAUAUUUUCAUCUCUUUUGAAUUUGACAAUGGGCGAUGAAGAUUUUUUAGUAAAUGUUGAAGUUGAACCCGACGUUAUAUUAGAUGUUGAUGAGGAUUCAGAGGAAGCUAUAGAAGCAAUAAAAUUAGCAAAUAAAUACAACGAAAUGAAUCACCUAACCAGUGAGCACGUUGAUCAGUUAUUUUCAAGAGCCAGAGAGAUAAGUGCAGCGCUAGCGGAUUCUAAUCGCUUAGAACAAUGUCCACAUUGUGGUAAAUAUUAUCGACGUUUAGCACGACACAUGCAAAAACAUAUACCAAACUUUCAAGAAUAUACAAACACACCAAUGCAACAGCAUCAAGCACCAUGCGAACUUUGUCCAAAUUCAUUUCAUAACAAUAAAACACAUUUUGAGGAACAUUUAAAGGAACAUGUUAAAGGUGCAAAAUUAUUUAUAUGCGAAAUAUGUAAAAAGGGUUUUGCACAAAAUUGUAAUUUGAUCAAUCAUUUACGUGUACAUACUGGAGACAAACCGUUCAAAUGUAAUUAUUGUGAGAAACGUUUUACACAAUCGGGUAAUUUAAAGAACCAUAUGCGAUUACACAAUGAUGAAAAACCAUUUAUUUGUUCGAUAUGUUUUCAAGGUUUUCGACAGUUAUCAAAUUUGAAUAAUCAUAGUAAAAAACAUCCUAAUUUUAAAGAAAGCCAGUUUAAACGUGCUAAAUCUAUAUCUUUAUCGACAUAAAAUUUAUGAAGAUUUUUCUUGAUACAUAUAUCCCAGUUUUAAAGGUUAUAUUAACACUUUUUAAGAUCAAAUGCAACCUCUGAUAUAUAAUUUUAUUAUGAAAUUCGAAUUUUAAUCCUAACCAUGCCCAUUUCUUAUUGGAUUUGGAAGGUCCUCGGUUUUUAACGAAUUUCUUCCUCCUAAGGAAAUGAACCUUGCUUUUGUAUCGACGAUGGAAUUUCGCAAAAAUAUUUUGAAUUUCCACCGAUCCUACUUAUUAUAUGUUAAAUACGCACGCCUUUACACAAAGUAUAUAUAAUGUGCGUUUUUUUAUAAUACGGAGGAAUAUAUACGUUUAUGUGUUUGCGUACGCUCUAGCGGUCACAAUUUGAGCCCGAUUUGAAAGAAAUUUGGUAUGUGAUAUGCUUUUCGUAUUUGAAAAGUCAACUUCGUAAAUGAGCAAAUUGCUUAAGGUAUUUGUAAUUGUCUAAAAAGUACUUGUAUUACUUCAGUAAAUCUGUCAACGCUACAACGAAUAUUAUUAGAUUGCUCAUCUAUGUACAUAGUUUAGCAUUGCAUGAUAGUAGGUAAUGUUCCAAGUCGCCCUUUAAGGUUCCUCGAAUUUCUAUGUGUCAUAUCCCCCCCCCCCCCAGGGAGAGAUUUGAAAAACUGUCACUAAAUGGUGGUUCUGGAAACUGCCUGCUUGUUUGAUAAUGCAUUAGAUGUGAUUCUGAACAGUCAUCCUGCAAAGUUUGAGUUCAACAAGUCGUCCCAUUCCCGAAUUAUGCCAAAAAAACCGAAAAUGUCGUUACGCGGUAAAAAAUUUGAAGUGAUGGUUCUGGAAACUGUGUAAAACUUGUUUGGUUGUGUUGAGGAUGUCAAAAGGAUCAGAAAAAUAUAUCUGGCAGAAAAGCAAGUCGUCAGGGAUUUUUUUGGCAGCACUUUGAAAAACACAAACUAUUCCCUGGGGGGGGGGAUAUGACACAUAGAAAUUCGAGGAACCUUACAGGGCGACUUGGAACAUUACCUACUAUCAUAUUUAAGGCUCAGCAGACGGUUACUAUGACCAUCAGUAAAUCAUAUGUACAUCUCUCUUACUAUUAUGUUUUUCUAACUUUUUUGCAAAUUUAUUUUCUAUAGCAAAAAACGCGAAUUAAAAAUUUUCAAAAAUGUGUUCAAAAUAGUAUGGAUUCCUGUCCCUUAAAUAUUAAAUAUCGACAACUUAGAAAAUUUAUGGCAGUUAACAGAG